GUUAAAGAUUAAGCACUUGGACACGUCAUUCCCAAGCUUGAGAGUACUAUCCAUAAAGGACGGUAAGACCACCAAGCUUCCUGAUUCAAUAGGCAAUUUGAAGUAUUUAAGAUAUUUGAAGUUAGAUUGUGAAAAUAUUGAAGAGAUACCUAAUACAAUAUGUAAGUUGUAUAAUUUGGAGACACUAUUGUUGGAGGGAUGUACCAGUGUUACCAGACUACCAACUGAUAUUGGAAAUUUAAUCAAGUUGCGACAUCUUAGUGUUCCUAAUGAGUAUUUAUUUGAAGAGAUGCCAUUGCAAUUGGGAAAGCUAAAAAAUCUGCAAACACUUAAUGCAUUUGUUGUGGGAAGAAAUAGAGAUUCUGUUGGCAUCAAGUUGUUGAAAGAGUUUCAAGAUCUUCACGGGAGUCUUUUUAUUAAGGGACUACAAAAUGUUCGUACCCUUGAGGAAGUUAAUGAUGCAGCAUUAUCAUUAAAGAGUAAAAAGUCUCUUAGUCACCUCCAUUUGGCAUGGGAUGAUGGUCAACAUGAAGCUGAAGUUGAUGAGUUGCACAAAGAAAGAGAGCUACUCAGUGUCCUCCAGCCUCAUCCAAAUUUGAAAGAACUUAGGAUUCGAGGCUACAAGGGAAACAAUUUCCCAAAUUGGAUGGGAGAUCAUCGUUGCUUGUCUAAUUUAGUAAGCCUGGAGAUUUCAUAUUGCUCUAAUUGCAGCUUCUUGCCGUCGUUGGGACAGCUUCCUUCUCUCAUGUAUCUUUUCAUUAUGGAUUGUGGUGUGGUGAGAAUAGAUUCAGAGUUUUAUUACUCUACUAGUGUUGAUUCUUCUGCUGCAAUACAAGCAAAGCCAUUCUUUAGAUCUUUGGAGACCUUGAAAUUUCGUGAUAUGAAAAAGUUUGAAGAGUGGUCAGUUAUCGAAGGUGGAGUUUUUCCUCGUCUUAAGAAUCUUUAUUUUCAAAGUUGUUUGAGACUCAAAGUGACAUUGUUAGGAGAUUAUUUUCCGUCAUUGACACAGCUUGAAAUAUUUAAUUGUGAGAAACUAUUACCAUUGUUACUCCCAAGAGCUCAACUCAUGCAGGCCCCUUUGAUCACUUUAAAGAGGCUUAGAAUAAGUGGUUUCGACUUGAUGCACUUAGACGAGGAGCCCUUUCAGCACCUCACCUCCCUUGAGGAGUUGACGAUUAGAAAGUGUCCUAACCUCAGAUGCUUGCCACAAGAACUACCUGUUUCUCUUUCUAAUCUUCGCAUUCAAGAUUGUCCAUUGCUAAGAACACGAGUCGAGAGGGAGACAGGGGGGGACUGGCCAAUUAUUGCUCACAUCCCAAAUAUCAUUAUCGAUGACAAGAAAAUAUAGGGUCCAACCAUAAAUGAUUUGUAUGUUUGUUGCUGACGACCAAUUGGAUUGAGUUGAAGUAAAAGGGUGUACUGUAUAAGACCAACAAAGUUUGAGUGUGGUGUGUGUUUAGAGUGAUUAGAGCAAUGUUCACUAAAAAUAUUUUGGUUGUUGGCAGAUAUUGUAAUAAACAGAACUAUAUUAUUUGUUCUAUAGUUUUUAGUUUUAAUAAGUGGUCUGGUCUUGCUUAAAAAUCAGAUUUUGAACUAAAUCAGUUUAUAGAUUUUA